GCUGCGGCGUGAAGUCUGUGCUCUCCUCUCGUCGUGACGGCAGCAGCGUGACCGUGACGGACAGUCCAAGUGCGUGUUGUGCUGAGGACGUGAGAGGACGUGAUAGGACGUGAGAGGACGUGAGAGGACGGCGGCCAUCGUCAUCCUCGCGAGGCGCAGGCAGGAUCAGAAAGUUGUUCCAGGGCGCGCAGGAAGGAGCCGCGGGAAAAAGGCGCGGGAAAGAGCAAGGCGCAUGGCGGCCGUGCUGGCGAACAACAGCCGCGCGUCGGAGGCUGCUGGCGUGCAUCUGAAGGGCAAAGUGAGGAGGAGACGCAGGAGGAGAAGCAAGAAAAAAGAGAAAGUCAGUAUGCUGUCGGCAUUGAUCGCUCCCUUCAAGUACACCAGUCCUGGGACCAGCAGCACAGAGGACGAGGACAGUUUGAGUACCAGCAGUGCGGAGGUGAAGGAAAACCGUAACAUCGAUAACCUGGAAGAUCGCUCCUUAGCGUCUGCUGAAUGUCAAUCCCGUUUUUGCUCUGACUCUACGAGAAGUGGGAGUUCUGGUCUUAAGAGGAAACGCCCCCUGGAGGAAGACAACAACGGCCACCUGAGCCAAAUCCGUCUGAUCUACAAGAAAUUGUCCUGGUCUGAGGCACAAAAGAAUGCUUUGGUUCAGCUCAAUGAGCUACGGCCUGGCCUUCAGUAUCGCAUGGUGUCACAGACCGGACCGGUCCAUGCUCCGGUCUUUUCCAUCGCUGUCGAGGUCAAUGGGCUGACGUUUGAGGGAACGGGUCCGACCAAAAAGAAAGCCAAGAUGAGGGCGGCAGAGCUCGCACUAAAGUCAUUUAUCCAGUUUCCCAAUGCCCCUCAGGCCCACCUCGCCAUGGGAAACAUUUCAAACCCUUCAGCUGACUUCACCUCAGACCAAGCUGACAUCCCUGACACCCUAUUCAAGGAAUUUGAGUCUUCGCCAUGCUCUGAUGGCCUCACCUUCUGCAACUCUGAAGCAGAAAGUCACUUAUUAUCAAGUGAGCUCCUAAGACACGGUCGCCUGCUUCGCCAUACCUUGGACCUGAUGGUACAGGCUCAGCAGAGGUUGGGAGGCAUUGUUCCAGAGCCAAAUAUGCCCAAGAGUCCCGUGGUGUUGCUCAAUGAGCUACAUCCGGGCCUGCGCUACGCUUGUCUUUCAGAGCAAGCCGAGGGCCGACGGCUACGGAACUUUGUGAUGGCGGUGCGCGUAGAUGGACGGAUCUUUGAGGGCUGCGGUCGCAGCAAGAAGAUGGCAAAGACACAGGCAGCCCAGUGUGCUCUUGAGGCCCUCUUGAAUAUCAGGACAGUCCCUGAAAGGAGGCCAGGUCUCAAAGCCAGCAGGAAGAAAUGUCCUCAUUUACCCCAGGACUUUGCCGACUCCGUGUUCCACUUGGUGAGGGAGAAGUACCGGUCCCUGGUGGGCGGCUGCAACCCGGCGUUGGUACGACACAAGUCCCUGGCAGGCAUCGUGAUGACCCAAGGUCUGGACAUGAACUAUGCCCAGGUGGUGGCGUUGUCUACAGGCACCAAGUGUAUCAACGGAGAGAAUCUGAGUGACCAGGGACAUGUGGUCAACGACUGUCAUGCUGAAGUGAGCGUCCGCAGAGCUCUGCUACGCUUCCUCUACGCACAACUGGAGCUCUUCUUGAGUAAAAGGCCAGAAGACUGGGAACAGUCUAUUUUUGUUCGACACAAGGAACGCAGCUACAGAUUACGAGACAGCAUCCACUUCCACUUGUACAUUAGCACCUCGCCAUGUGGGGACGGGAGACUCAACUCACCCUACGAAAUCACCAUGGACCUGCAUGGCAGCAGACACCUCAUGAGGAAGCACCGCUGCCAUCUGCGGACCAAAAUCGAGUCAGGCGAGGGAACGGUGCCAGUGAGGUGUCGGGGGUCCAUGCAGACGUGGGAUGGAGUUCUACAAGGAGAACAGCUCAUCACCAUGUCCUGCACUGACAAAAUGAGCAGGUGGAACGUUCUUGGCCUGCAGGGGGCACUGCUGAGCCACUUCAUGGAGCCAGUGUACCUGCAUAGUGUGACCAUAGGCAGCCUGCGCCACACGGGCCAUCUGAGCAGAGUUCUCAACCAGCGGCAGGAACGUCUGGGCCCACUUCCUGCCACGUAUAGACGCAACCAGCCCCUGCUCAGUGGCUUGAGCUGUGCCGAGUAUCAACAUUCGGGGAAGGCCUCGUGCGUGAGCCUCAACUGGACGUUGGGCGACGCGCAGUUGGAGGUUGUAAACACAGCAACAGGAAGAAGACGUGACUCAGGGAUGCCCUCACGCCUCUGCAAACACACCUUGUUCACCUGCUGGAGCAGACUUUACUGCAAGCUGGGACUCUCACGGUUCUUCUCUGAAGACGGCCAUCUUGUUUACCGUCAGGUGAAGAUGGCGGCACGACCCUACCAGACAGUCAAGCAGCAGUGGUUCAGGUCACUGCAGGAAACGGGCCUGGGCACUUGGGUUAAGAAGCCUCCUGAGGAAGAACAGUUCCUGUUGUCGGACUAAAGAGUGUGUGUGUGUGUGUGUGUUAACCUUUAUUUUUUUAUUAGGACAAGGUAGAACCAGGAUCUUUGCAAACAGCUUUAUAACUGCAAACUCUUACUUGUCACCAUAGUGUGUGUGUGUGUGUGUGUGUGUGUGUUUUGAUUUGUAUGGACCACACAUUCUCUCCUCCACUCCAUAUGAAAAGCGGAAGGUCAACUGGACGUGCUGAAAAGAAGAGAAAAUAAAAAGGAAUGGUGUGC